AUGGCCCUGGAAAAUUAUACCAAAGUGACUGAAUUUAUUUUUUGUGGACUUACUCAGUCUCAAGAGCUGAGCUUACUCUUGUUUGUUGUCUUAUCGAUGGUUUAUGUAGCAACUGUCCUAUCCAAUGUUGCCAUCAUGGUCACAGUGACGUCUGAGUCUCGCCUUCACACGCCCAUGUACUUCUUGCUUCGCAAUCUCUCGGUCCUGGACAUCUGCUUCUCCUCUAUCACUGCCCCAAAGGUCCUGGUCGAUCUUCUUUCAAAGAGAAAGACCAUCUCAUUCAACAGUUGCAUGACACAGAUGUUUUUCUUCCACCUGCUGGGUGGGGCAGACAUUUUUUCUCUCUCGGUGAUGGCAUUUGAUCGGUACAUGGCAAUCUCUAAGCCCUUGCACUAUGUUACUAUCAUGAGUAAGGGACGAUGCACUGCCCUCAUUGUGGCCUCCUGGGUGGGAGGCUUUGUCCACUCUAUUGUACAAAUCAGUCUGUUGCUCCCACUCCCCUUCUGUGGACCCAAUGUUGUUGAUGGAUUCUAUUGUGAUGUCCCCCAGGUCCUCAAACUUGCCUGCACUGAUACUUUCACUCUGGAACUCCUAAUGAUUUCCAACAAUGGCUUGGUCACUACUCUGUGGUUUUUCCUUAUUCUUGUCUCUUAUACAGUCAUCUUAAUGAUGCUGAGGUCACACACUGGGGAGGCCAAGAAAAAAGCCCUGUCUACUUGCACUGCCCAUAUCACUGUAGUGACCCUGCACUUCGUUCCCUGCAUCUAUGUCUAUGCCAGGCCCUUCACCGCCCUUCCCACGGACAGAGUUAUAUCUGUCACCUUCACUAUCAUCAUCCCAGUCCUGAACCCCCUGAUUUACACCCUGAGAAACCAGGAGAUGAAGUCCGCCAUGAGAAGACUGAAAAAAAGACUCACGCUUUCUGAAGGAAGAUAG